UCAACUAUAAAUGCAACACGAUAGUACACUAUCCGAGGCGUAGAGCACAACAGGUGAGUGGCGGCCAUUGCUGUCUAGUAAAAACAGGUGAUACUCAAGACACAAGGUGUUUUUCCAAACGUUGAAUUCCUUCUGUGAUGUAGCUUACUCAAACAUUAUGGUGAGUCUAGCCGAUGUGUUCACUGAGCCGGAAAGGACUAACUGGCUGAAGGCAUGGCUGGCCAUUCACAUUGCAAAGUCCGGCUUUGAGAAGUUUGCGGAGAACGAGGCUCAACUUCUCCACGGCAAUAUAUACACCUCUAUCUUGAAAAGUGGCGCAGUCGGGUGUAGUGGAUGUCAUACAGCAAACCUGCUGAAAUGCCCUUCACAAGGGAUAUGCAAUAAACGCAAAGCAAAUGGUAUAUGCAAAUCUAUGCAUGACACCGCGUCAAAACAACCACGAAACUGUCCUGCUAAUGUGUGUAAUAAAGUCCUUGUCGAAAUUGUAAAGCAUCAUAGAUUUUCCAACCCUUCGUGGAAAGGUACAAUGGCGAUUCACUGGGCAUCAAAUGCAUGGCAAAUAGCCAAGGCGUAUUUACCUCCAGACGGUUAUAGUGGAAAGAAUUCGGCUCAAGAUACUGACUUAAACGGACUCAUCAGUUUUAUGGUAAACUGUAAAACCUUCGAUAACAAGUUUUCGUUCCCCAUUACUACAGGAAAUACACAUCCACCCUGUAUUUUAACAAAGGCGCGAGACAUUGGAAAAACUGUACGCCAUUCGUCUACGUGUAAGGUCACAGACACAUAUCUCCAUGACAUUUUCGUAACACUGCAUAGCCUGUUGACUGACCCAAAAUGUCUAGCAAACGACGUUGCUGCACAGGAGGCUGUAAGGGAAUUAUCAAAGCUACAAACCGAUGUUCUGAAGCUAACAACACAGGAAAUGGUUGAUUUGUUAGAGGCUGCACACGAUGAACUUAAGAAAGUCGAAAAUAUAACAACUAAGGCUGUCGAUGAAAUGCGGAUUUACAUUAAAAACUGUAGGAAGGAUCUCAAUGCACACAUGGACAAAUGUAAAAGGAAACUUGAUGAACACACGGGAAAAUGUAAAGAGGAACUGGAUGAACAUCGAAAGUCUAUAGAAACAGAUUUGCAGAGACGGUUGAUGGUACAUAACGAAAACACUUUAAGCAAUGUGGUUGACCAUGAUGAUGAUGGAGAUGAUCAUGAUGAUGACAGAGAUGCUCAUGAUGAUGAUAUAGAUAAUGAUGAUUAUGACAGAGAUGAUAAUGAUGAUAGAGAUGAUCAUGAUUAUGACAGAGAUGAGCAUUAUGAUGACAGAGAUGAUCAUGAUGAUGACAGAGAUAAUCAUGAUGAUGACAGAUAUGACCAAGAGGAUGACAGAGAUGAUCAUGAGGAUGACAGAGAUGAUCAUGAGGAUGAAAGAGAUGAUCAUGAGGAUGACAGAGACGCUCAUGAUAUUGAUGAUAGAGAUGAUCAUGAUUAUGACAGAGAUGAGCAUGAUGCUGACAGAGAUAAUCAUGAUAAUGAUGAUAGAGAUGAUCAUGAUAAUGAUGACAGAGAUGAUCAUGAUAAUGAUGACAGAGAUGAUCAUGAUGAUGACAGAGAUGAUCAUGAUGGUGACAGAGAUGAAUAUGAUGAUGACAGAGAUGAUAAUGAUGAUGACAGAGAAGAUCAUGAUGAUGACAGAAAUGAAAAUGAUGAUGACAGAGAUGAUUAUGAGGAUGACAGAGACGAUCAUGAUAAUGAUGAUAGAGACGAUCAUGAUAAUGAUGAUAGAGAUAAUCAUGAUUAUGACAGAGAUGAGCAUGAUGAUGACAGAGAUGAUAAUGAUAAUGAUGAUAGAGAUGAUCAUGAUGAUGACAGAGAAGAUCAUGAGGAUGACAGAGAUGAGAACCUGGUCCUUGAGAAGCAGUUGCACAGCUACCAGCAGUCCCUUGCCAAGUCCAUGGACAAAGACGAUACUCUGAGCAAGCCAGCAAACAUGCCCGCCAUAAAGACCAACAUCACCAGCAGCCAGACCGACAUGGCUGCAAUAAAUUCCAGUGCAACCAACAGCCAGCCUAACAUGGCCGCCAUAAAGACGAGUGUCACCAACACGCAGUCCAAUUUAUUGCCUAAAAAGACUAGCCUCACGAACAACCAGUCCAACAUGACCGCCAUAAAUUCCAGUGUCACCGACACCAGCCCAACAUAUCCGCCAGAAAGUCAAGUCUCACCGACAACCAGUCCAAUGUCAACAACAGCAAGUCCAACAUGUCCGCCAUAAGAUCAAGCGCCAAGAACAACCAGUCCAACAUGGCCGAAAUAAGAUCCAGUAACAACAACAGCCAAUCCAACAUGGCCACCAAACGACCCAACCUCAACAACAGCCAAUGAAACAUUUGAGAUCAGUCAGCGUCAUCAGAGCGAAAGAACAGACCACAAGAAAGAUACGAUAACGUGACUAUUUACACAGCACAGGUAUCUUCUUAACAGGCAAAUACUACUGCAGAUAGAAUCAACAAGUCCGUUGAAAGGUUUGUAACGCCUGCAACCGAAACAGACCCUUUGCUCAUGAAUAAAUACAACUCGCCUAUAGUUGUGAAUGAUCCCCUGCAUAAUCACAACGCUUCUUCAAAACAAUUCGAAUAUAUUCAGUCAGCAGGUUCUGGUAGUUCAUUAAGUCACAUGAAGAUACCUCCUAUAAAUAAAUAUGGCAAAUUGGCAGUGGAUGUAAAUAAAUGUCUGCACGUAAAAAAUAGUCAAAGUCAUAAUAGACAUUCAUACAUUCCUGAAAUAAUAAGUAAUUAAGAUAGUCAUACAGUAUGCGUGAGAGUGUUGAGUGUUUAUAUACACCAUAAACUGAGUAUACAACCACCAUGAUGUUACGGAAAUCAGUGACAGCAGGCAAUCACACAAAGUACAUUCAUUUCAUAACAAACUGUACACAAAUUACAAUAAUAGAAAUGUCUAGUUAAAGAAAAAUACAAGUAUCUCUUUUCUUGAAUCAUGUUAUAAAGUAGAUCGCUAACUUUCUAAUCGUCCCUUUAUUAUUACUAUUCAAAAGUUUCAAAAAUGUGUGCAUUCUUAUCUUAUAGAGAAGUGUGUUGGAAUGUAUUUGGAUAUUUCUUCUAAAUAAAACGGACAUUUAAUGAUAAA